CGCAGCUGUGAGUCAGCCUGCUUGCGGGUGGGGUGUGUGCGAGGGAUAUUAAAAAGGCCCUCCUGCUGAUCCUCUCUUUCGCAGACGCUCUUUCACACCCGCCAUGUGGAGGUUCUUCAUCCCCCUCCUGCUGGCAGUUGGAGCUCAUGGUUGUGGAGAGCCCGCCUAUACCCCCCUGGGAAGAGUAGUGAAUGGUGAGGAUGCUGUGCCUUAUAGUUGGCCCUGGCAGAUCUCCCUGCAGUAUGAGAGCAAUGGACAGUUCUACCACACGUGUGGGGGGAGCCUGAUUGCCCCCAACUGGGUCAUGACUGCCGGUCACUGCAUCUCCUCAUCCCUCCAGUACAAAGUUGUGCUGGGCGAGUAUGAUAGGAGUGCAGCAGAGGGCGCUGAGCAGCACAUCCCUGUGAACUCGGAGGACAUUUUUGUGCAUCCCGGCUGGAACAGCAACUGCGUAUCUUGUGGCAAUGACGUUGCCCUCAUCAAACUGUCCCGCACUGCCGUUCUGAACGACAAGGUGCAGCUCGGGUGCCUCCCGCCCCGCGGAGAGCUCCUCCCCAACGACUACCCUUGCUUCAUCAGUGGCUGGGGGCGCCUCUACACUGGCGGGCCUCUCCCCUCCAAACUGCAGCAGGCUGUCCUCCCAGUAGUGGACCACGCACACUGCACACAGCCUACCUGGUGGGGAACCACCGUCAAGGAGACAAUGGUUUGCGCCGGAGGAGACAUCCGAGCUGGCUGCAAUGGUGACUCUGGCGGCCCACUCAACUGUCAGGCUGCUGAUGGGAGAUGGUACGUCCACGGGGUCACCAGCUUUGUCUCUGCCUGGGGGUGCAACACCUUGCGGAAACCCACUGUCUUCACCCGGGUCUCUGCUUUCAACUCCUGGAUUGAAGAGAUGAUGGCCAGCAAUUAAUUCCAAGGAGCAGCCCCCCCCCCCACGUUGGAGUCUGCCUGCUGAGAAUAAAAUACUUCUUGGCUAAUA